UGAGAUGAACUCCUUCCCAAGUCAUUCUCCUCUAAGGAAUAAAUUAAAUUCUUUUAUUAUCAUUGAAGGCACUACCUUCCUUUAUUCUGAGCCCAUAUUUUCAUAUAUAUAAUAUGCAUCCACCUCCAAUCCAAACCAACUUUCAACUUCAUAUUUGUUUCAUACAAACAAAUUAAACAUCAUGCUUUCAGAAACAAUGAAGCCCACCCACCACUCAUCAAGUGAAGGAGAGAAACAUCCGCAUACUAAAGAAGUGAGAGACAUGGUGAAUGCAAUCACUGAUCGCAUGACUGAUCUUCACAAGACUGGUUCAAGUCUCCACAAUGAAGACGAUGAUGAUGAUCAUGGUGUGAGAAUCAUCACUCUUGCUGGAACUAACACUGGUGCUAGUAUGCGAAGCGAGUUAGAUGAUAAGCAAAAUGUUCAUCAUGCUUUGUCACAAGGUGAGGGUGAGCCAAUGAAUACUUAUGUCAACAGCAACUUCCAAUCAGUCAAUAACUCAAUCAUGUUCAGUAGCCAAUACAACACCAAUGAUCCUGGUGUUCACAUGGACAUCACUGAUGUUUUCGAACACCAGGCUCAUCAGAAGCCUGAUAAGCAUGGAAAGAAGGGAAAGAAGAAAGAUAAGGAAGCCUUCAAAAGCGACCAACAAACCGAACAGUCCAAUUGAUCCACCAAUUGCUUCUACUCUUUUACUCGUAUCUCAUAAUAAGUUUUCAUUUAUACUGCAUGUUUCCAGUUUGCAAGGUUGAAAUAUUUAUGUAUCAGUGUGUGUACUCUCUUUGGAGUGUUAAGCUUAACAAUAAAUUAAUUGUUUUUGGCGUGGUCAUCAAA